AUGGCAUCUAGCAGAGCCUCAAAUGUAUCCGAAUUUCGCCAAGUCUUGAGUAGACUCAAAGAUUUACAUGAGAAGUUGGAAAGGUCCGAUCAAUCUAGUCUUGCAGCUAAAUUGUCGGACAUAAAUGACUCCUUAAGCAUUAUCGAAGGUAACCAGACUGACUUCUCCGAUACAGUCCUGCAAACUUUGGAGAGGAUCCAUUCUACGAUGGUAAAUGGCUUUAAAAACUAUGGAAGACAGGAUAUCCACGCUAGAAGCCAAACUAACCAGCCAUGAGACUGGAAGCUAUGAUGCAGUGACGCCGCCGAAUUCUUCAAGAAAAAGAAAAAUCGCACGGCACCCUGAUCUUUCGGUAAGAUACGUGAAUAUUUUCCUCUUUGCUAUUUCUUUGCGUUGAGAAUGUUAACCAUAAAAUUUAUAAGAUAUAUCAAAGGAUUACCCGGUAAGAACAUGGAAAGUGAAGUCAAAAGACGUUUUCAAAUUUCGUGCGCAUUUUGUGAUUUAUAUCACACCUUUUGAUUGAUCAAAGCCGAUCCCCGCCAUUUUGACUUGCUGUCGGUUGCGAAUUUCUUUUAUCAUCCGUCCUCUUUCGGUGACGCUAACGUCCCCUUAGUUCAAAGAUGUGUUUAUGCAUGUGAGCGAUUGAUUUGUUUGCUCUCUCUUAGAAAGAGAGAAGGAAUGACAAACUUAAAUUUUUUGAUGUUUAAAACACUCAGUUAAAUUCCUCUUGCAUUUAUUGAUGAUCAUUCACAGCAUUACGUCCGCUCCAAGAUGGAACAGUUAGGACUGUCGUGGAACACGGAAAGGAAGUAAGUUCAUAGCCAAAGGGGAGUAAAGAUACUUGUAACAUAGUUUGUGAUUGAAUAGUUUACAACGGAAGUCCAUGUGGAAAGAAAGUGGGAGGUGCAAGUGGUUUGAAGAGCUACGCAUUAAUAAAAUCUCAACCACAAAGGAAAAAAGUAGAAUUAAAGUGGUGAGAGCAGAAGUAAAAAUCAUCGUUUUAGUCCCACGUUUUCUUGAUCACUCAUGUUAGUCCAUGGAAGUUCACUGUAAGAAUACCAUACUGAGGAAUGCUGUGUCAUGGCUCCAUUUGGGCUAUUUGUACCACUUACACCAAAAGAAGAGGUUUCUCAUAAACCUAACCAUUUGAAUAAUGAGUUACAGUUUCUAUUUGGGGGCACCAAAGAGGGGAACCUAUGCUGGAAAUGACUUUGAGGUUUUGCAAUUUACUUUUAUCUACACAUUAUAUUCCAACAGGGAGAAUGAGCCACCAAACCAAGAAGUUGCCAGAAGACUUCUUAAAGAAGUUCAAGAAGUUGAGCACGUAAAGAAUGACUCUCUCUGCACAGAGAGGCGGAUAUUUGGUAUGUUUCCCUUUGUUAUUGAUUGUUUUAAUUGGUCAGGACCUUUAAGUCAACUAUUUAUCACUUAUCAACUCCAAGAAAUGGAUAUCUCACUCAACUUUUGCUUCAUUGGGAUUGAUUUCUUUUAAAGUUAAACCACAAGAAACCUGCUCUGUUUAUAUCACCUAAGUUGGCUCACAAUGCCUACAUGUUGUCUUUUUUUCAACAGAGUAAAUGAUUUUAGCUCUGGUACAUUAACUGUAUAAAGCUAGUCAAAAUUUUCUCGGGUACAGCUUCAGUAUUAAACCUUGGUUUCCUGGCCUGACCUCAGAAAUAUUUAAAUUUUCAGAUGCUGUCUCUCAAAACUUUGCCUCCAACAAAAGAAAGAGGAGGCAGAUGGAAAAUGGUACAUAUGAGCAGUACCAAAGGGAACAGAAGAGGAGGCAAAGAAUUAAAAGGGUAAGAGUUAGCUUGCUUCAAUGAUGUUUCUACACAAAAAAGUUAACUGUGGACCAUUUCAUUCACCUCUUAAACUCUUUCUUUUUUCCUCUAUUUCUCUACCCUAUGUGAUUGUGGAGAUUGCCAGUAUUGAUGUUUUUCUGCUUGAGCUUAGUUUAAUAUUGAAAAUUGAAUGUCAUGUUAGUUGUGCAAUGAGCCAAGCAGUUUUGGAAAUGUCUUUAAGUAUUAUGAGUUAGAGAGAAACAUCUAUUUCAAAUGAUGUUAUCUCUCCUAACCACAACUAUUGUUUAUUUAAUGAAAGUCUGCUAAGUCUAAAACUUUUCAUGUUUUACCCUAGAAACUGGAGAAGAGACUGAGAGUGGUUACUGAGGAAGAAAAGGAGUCAGAAUUGUUCAAGGCAUUGCAUUUGUCAAUGAUAUCCUCAGAUGAAUCUGAUGGCGAGGAUGACACCCUGUCCACAAAGCAUCUUGUCUGGAGGGCAGAGGAGGUUUCUUCUUUCUUCAAAGAACUGGACUCACGGCAUAGGGCAAAUAUGUCCACCCAACAAAGGAGGCAGUGUGUAAACAGGCAGGUUGGCCUUCCAAGUACCAGAAGCCACAAUGAAGUGCCAGAGAAAUUGCUCUGGGCCAUUAAAUUGUAA